UUUGUUUUCACACCUGACAUGAUCCUGCAGAGAUCGGGAACAAUGAUCAGAGGACAGUGACACCCUUUUAAACCAUUUUCAUUCAUUAUUAUAGCAACUAUUUUUACCUACGGUCAUUACGGCGUGCAUAGGGGAACGCUUUGUUCUUAGUCAUGGCAUUACCUGCGUGGCAGCUAACCCUGCUGGACAAGAAACGGAGACAACAAUCUGAUGUUCAACAGGUAGACGCAAGGUAUACUAACGCCUCCACCUGGAGACAGGAUCCGAUUCUAAAACAGCGAGCAUCUCUCAAACAUAAAGGGCUAAGCACCUCAGAUAGCAUGCGAGACGACGCGGUGGCGACGGAUCGCGAGCGCGCGUCGACGCGGGAAUCUGACUCCGACUCGGACGCCGAUGCGCACAUCCCGCGCGUCGCGGAGAACCCGUGGAUUAAGAGCGAGCGGCGACUGGCGGUGGGCAGGGACGGCGGCGCACGUGGCCGGGAGUGCGCGCGGCGGCCCGCGGAGUACGCGCUCGCUCUCGUGCUCGCCGAGGGCCAGAGCGAGCUGCCGGAGGCUGAGCAGGACUUUGAGAUGUACCGGCCGGGCUUCGUGAGCGUGCUGACGCGCCGCUUUACGUCGAUGGGCGACCUGCUGGACACGCGCGAGGAGAGCGCCCUCUAUGGGCACACGGCGCUCAAGCGCAGCAGCAGUGUUGAGCAGCUGCUCGCGAGCGCGGGCCGGCAGCGGCACGGCAGCGCCACCACGAGCGAGUCGAGCGGCUGCAGCAGCAGCGAGGCGAUGCCUCCUGGCGGUGCGGCGCCCUCUGGUGACGCGGCGUUUGCGGGCGCUAUUGACGGGUCGUCAAGUGGUAAUGAGAGCGCGGAGCGGGAAGUGGGGCACGAUGAAUGCGACAAAAUUGGGCGUAAUCACGGUGCUGGCACUGUAGACGAACUACCGAGGCCGAACACAGUGCAGUGCUACAGGAGUUUGUUUGAGACGGGCAGAGUGGAUAAAGCGCUCGUGAAGAGAUGGCAUCGUGUGGGACAGCAGCGACCGCCCGGCUCCCACCACGCAGACUGUACCCUGUUGACCAAUGGCCACAGUGAGCCAACCGACGACAUGGUUGUCACGAAAAUCACGCCAGCGAUAGGGAGUGUCACCCGAUUAGAGAAAAACGGCACUGCAGCGGUUAAAGCGGAAAACCAGAAGAAUAUUACAGGUGACAAGAACCUGGAUAAGGUGUCCCGGUUUGAGAAGAGGUUGAACGAACUGCACAAUCAGCAUGCACCUAUUCCCAGGCAGCUGCGAGCCAGGGCAAGUGCAGCAGAUGCAAAGCUACAGGUUGCAGACAAGCCUCCAUGUUUUUUGCCAAAAAGACCACAAAUCCUACCAAAGGCAGCCAUUCUUUCCCACCACACGUCCAGUAAUGAGGCAGCUGACCGAGUGUUAAGCAACAGCUCCCUACCGAGUGCAGCUCUGUCCACCCACCACAUCGUGUCCUCUCCGGAGCCAGCUGAUCUGGUCGUGGACAGCAGUGUGCAUGAUCUCCCUGCCUACACGCCUCUGUCCACCCACAACAUCCUGAGUCCGGCCGUGAAUGCGGCUGCACCGUCGCGAUGUCGGGCUGACAGUGCAUCGCGAGUGUUGGAGGAGGAGCUGGUCAAACCCAGUUCGUAUCGGCCACGACGUGACGCAGCAUCCACGCCGGCGGGAGCGCCCGCAUCAGAUGGUGACGCAUCCAUAGCGGCGACAGACUCCUCGAAUAGUGACUCAUCCGAGCGUCAGGUGGCAGCAGGUGAUGUCUGCACUACGAAGGAAGAGAGUGAGACCUCGCAGGAUGUUGAUGGCAGGAAGGAAGUACAAGCCCUGCCAGUGGACAGCAUGAUGCAUUCGCAGCCGAUUGCCGCAGCGAGACAACUGGACGGCAUCAACGCCGAACUCUGCAAGGAUGGCUUUGUGAUCAAGCCAAAUUCGGCGCUGCUCGGAGGCAGGGAGAUGGGUUGUUCCUCUGGCAGCAUGAAGCUGCCCCCCAGCCAUCCCCAGCAUCGGGGGAUCGACUCGGGUGUUCUUGCGCGUAUUCGCUCGAAGGGGAAGGUCUACAGGUACGACACGGGCGUUUAUACACCACUCAAGCGGGACUCUCGGCGCGGCGUCGCCAACACAGCAACGGCAACAGAAUCGUUGGAGCCAGCGAGCAACAAAAAACCUACAACAACAACAACAACGACGCCAACGACGACGAAUAGGACUGAGAAUGACAAUGAGAGGGUUGCACCAGACCUGCACACACCUGUUAACAAUGAAGUGAAACUUGCGAGGGAGAAACUUGCAGCCGUCGCGGCGAAGCCACUUGUCAAUGGCCACAGUCGGCCGCUGCGCUUCAGAUUUGAGUUGGACGACAUCACCGCAACGCCAAAGACAUUCGGUCAGGUAGACAGCACGACUGAGGUGAACCUCCCCUCGCCAAUCGAGUGUGACCCCACCUCUCCUGCGUCACGCCUCACAGAGGAAGACCGGCAGGAGGAGGAGGAGGAGGAGGCAGAGACACCGUCGGCGUUCGCUGACGACGACACACCCGACUACGGCGACGACUACGACGCCGACGAUGACGACGACAACGACGCGGGUGGGUACAGCGUGGAGGACCUGUAUGGGGACAUGGACGCGAGCGGAGGAGCGCACGUGCAGCGCUCCGCCUUUGGCAACCUUAUCUUCUCGAGCCUGCAGGAGGAGGACGAGGAGGAGGCGAGCUUCCUCGUGCAUGUGGAGCCGUGCAACAUCAGCUUCGAUGGCGAGAUGGUGCUGAUGGAGGGAAGGUCUUGCUUCAUCAAGGAGCGCAACAAAAACUUGAGGAUCAAGUUCCGAGAUAAUCUGCACGACCAUUUUGAGUACCCGUCUGAGCAGAGCCUGCUAGAGGACACAGAAGGCCAUGAGGACAGUAACAACAGCGAUGCACCCAGGAUGUACGAGUUUGGAACAGAUGAAGAGUCAGCAGACGUGGAGCCACAUAUACAACAAUCGUCUGCUUUGAAAACAACACCAUCUAUAGGCUCGACAAACUUGGCUGCAUACUAUCCAACCAAAACGCAUGAGUCGUAUAAUCUUGGAAUGGAAAUGUCAAGAGAGACAAUGGACAUCAAAGUUGAGUCACAAGAGCAGAUGGCAAUACUUGACGACACACAGCUGAUACCUGGUACAGAUGAAACAACCUGGUCGGAGUCAGCGACGAGUGAUCUCCUUUUCUGAUUGGACGAUUGCCAAACGCAAAUGCCUGUUGACUUGGUAAAUUGCAUAAACAUUACUGUAAGGUAAUUUUCAGGGCAGGGGUAUAUCUGACUAAUACUAAAUAUCUUGUCCAGCGAUUUUUCCAGUUAUUCUACUAAAUCAUUUAGCGCCAUUAACAGUCUUUGAUGAAUUAUUUCUUAAAUUUUGUGAUCAGAUCUAACCAAAAAAUACUGUCUACAAAGUAAAAUUCUUGCACAUGCCAUGUUGAUUCACAUUCUUUGCUGUGUUGGAAGGGAAGAAAAAUACAGGAGCCACCAUAUGGCAUAUAUUUUUGUCAAUACUCAACUUGGCUUGUAUGAAUGUAAAGUAUCGUUUUCUAGAAUUUAACAAGCUAUGUGAGUACUAUGUGGCGCGGCGUUUAUAUGUGCCUUUCACUUGUCUCAGAGGGCGAGUCAACAAGGUAUGCACUCGAAUCUUGAUAGAUAAAAAUUCUGGGUGUAGCCCAAGUCUGAUAUUACAGCAAAACUGUACUGCAAUUUGAUUCCUGAUGAGUUAAGUGACUGUGAUUCAAUGGUAGGUCAUAGCUAUCAGUGUCGAUAAGAUGACACGUUUAAACUGUGCUUAUGUCUCGCACAGAUCAUGGCAGUCUGGUUUGGACGCAGGACCCUCACUGCAUACCAUUUAUACAAUCCAGGUUUUUAAAACUGCUUGAAGCUGCUGUAGAUAUUAUCAGAAGUAGAUAAUAGGGGAUCCCCUAUUAUCUACUCCUGAUAUUAUACAUGGUGCUUGUAUUUUUACGGGGGGCCCGACAGCACAUUUUAAGGUGUGGAGCUUAGCGUUUUGAUAAAUCUAUAAGUAAAUGGUUUUUGGUAAAUGUUGGUAUAUUUUUAUGUAGGUAUAUAUAUAUAUAUAUAUAUGUGGAAUUAUGUCUGUGAACUGAAUGAUGUGGAAUUUUUGUUACUGUCGUCUUAUUUUGUACAAAAAUAGUGUGUAUGACAAAGAAUUACACCUGAGUACGAAGUGUUCGCGCAGGUUUUAGGUAUUAACCUGUUGCUCGCAUGACUUGUAAAUUUAAAUAAUGUACGGUUUGAAGACGGAAAUCACAGAAGAUAUAUUUUUAUUGUCUUAUGCAAACAAAUAUGAUUUAGCUUCAUUCGCAUUGAUAGCAAUGUAGUUGGGAUUGUAUUAUAUCCAGGCGCCAUGGAAGCAAGAAAACAGGUAGGCCUACUAUUCAUUGUGGAUUUUAUAUUACGUGCAAAUUUCUUUUAUCGCUUAAACAUUUCGAUCUGAGACUUUCUGCUAUUGGUUUUGUAAUUCUUGUUGAUUAGUGUUUUAUGAAUAUUUUUUUUUAAUCAAAUGUGAAUGCUGCAUCGCCCUAUCGGAGUAUGCUAUUAUUUUCAUAGCUGAACUGUUGAAAAUAGGCUAACACUAGUGUUUCAUAACCCGGCAGUAGCUGGGAGAAAAAUCGGGUCUUUAGCAUACGCAUGGUUCCGGGAUCCCUACUCGUGUAAUAUUUCGGCUGUUAUCGUGUUACAAAAUGGUGUAGACACGUUUCUCGAGCUGCCAGAUGAGAGAGAAUGAGUGUCGUAUAUCGGUUAUGGUGUGCUCAGCAGUCGUAGCGAGCGGCCGCGAUUCGGUGCGAAAUAAACAUAAAAGUCGUGUUCCUACUAAAAUCGA